AUGGCCGACGAUAGCGGACCCCCCGCCACAAACAUGGAGGACCCGCUCGUGCUGGCACUCACCAGCAGCUCCACGACUAGGCGCUGUGCUGAGCUGGGCAGCCUUAACGACCGAAUACUGAAGAAUGACCUCCCCAGCGACCGCCUCCCCCUCGUCUUCCGCCUCCUCUUCCAAUCCCACCCCUACUACCUCGACCGCGCCUCCCGGGCCGCCGUCCGCCGCUGCCUCCAGAGCCUCCAGGACUCCCCCACGCUCUCCGCACCAUCCACAAAGGCGCUCAUCACGGCCAUCAGGAACGAGUCCAACAAGCCCGGCAUCGCCGCAUCAAACGCCUUUGUCCUCCUCGAGUGGGCGGCCGACGUCCUGUCUGCGGUAGCAAAGAGCCCGGAGGCGUUCAACACAUACGGGGACAGCGUCAUCGAGGCCCAGGUCUCGCUGCUCGACAUCUGCCUGGGGAACAGCCAUGCAAAGGCCUCGAUCAAGAGGGGAGCACUGGCCGCUACCCGCCGCGGCCUGCGGGCCGCGUUCUCGACCAAGAACGACGGCUAUGCGAGCAUCAUCACGAGCGUGGCGGGCAAGCUGACGGCCAAGGGCCCGUCGCCAACACAGAAGAACGCGCUGCUCCUCGGCGCGGUGGCCGGCGUGUGCGCGCGCUCCGAGAAGGCCAAAGAGGCGCUGCAGGGGCUGAAGAAGGAUGUGUAUGCGUUCUUUGUCCGCGAGGUCAUCAGCUCGCGGACGCACGUGCCCGCGCAUGUCUGUGACGGGCUGCACGACUUUUUCGCAGAGUUCACGACGGCGGCGGACUUUUCGGGCGAGCUGGUGCCGGCGCUGGAGCGGGCGCUGCUGCGGGCGCCGGAGGUUGUGCUGGACGGCGUGCUGGUGGGCGUGCUGCGGGGGCUGCCGGCGGAGAUUGACCUUGCGGUGCCGAUUGCGGGCGGGCUGUUGAAGCAGUUUCUGGCGUGCGUCAAGAGCAGCAAUGCGAACAUUAGGACCGGUGCGAUGGCGGCGUUUAGGGCGGGGAUGAUGGAGCGCACGGCGAGGCCGGACGAGGGGGCGGUGGUGCGGAUUGCGGACGAGCUUGUGGCGCCGCUGCGGGCGGGCAAGGUGACGGUGGCGGACCAGAGGGUCAUGUAUGCGGCGAUGAUCGAGGCGCUGCCGUGGUCGCAGGGGCUGGCGAGGAAGGUGUCGGCGGGGCUGGCGGACACGGCGGUGAAGGAGACGAACGAGGCGGUGGCGUCGACGCUGACGGCCGCGGUCUUCAGCCAUCUGGCGAAGGAGCUGGAGGCCGGGAUCGUGCCAGCGACGGGCGUGGGCGAGGCCGUGGCGAAGGGGCUGGCCGACAAGCGCCCGGCGUUCCGGCGCAUCUGGGCGGCGCGCCUGGGCGAUCUUGUGUGGGCGCUGGGGGAGAACGACGGCGAGGGCGACGGCGACAGCGACGGCGACCCGGCCGGCACGACACAGGCGUUUGUGGCGUCCGUGCUGCCGGGGCUGAUCGAUGCGUGGGCCGAGGCGGCCGCAAACCCGCUGCCCGCCGCGCAGAACGGGCUGGUGACGGCGGGCUACGUCUACACGGCCAUCGCGCUGUCGAGGCUGCGCAGGUGGACGCACCCGGCCAUCCAGGCACUGCUGAAGCCCGCGGAGAUCGUCUCCCAGUCGCUGGCCGCGGCGCCCAAGGCCUCGUUCCUGCUCAGCCACAGGGUCUACACGAAGCUGCACCUGCCCGAGGACCUGCGCUGGACCAUCCGCGCGCUCGCCGCCACCGCGCCGCACAUCGUGGACGACGAGUGCCACGCCGAGCAGUGGGCGCUGGCCUUCCUCUACACGCUGAGCGCGGCCGCCGUGCCGCCGCCCAUCAAGCAGGAGGCCCUGUCCGCACUCGCCGCCGCGCACCGGGCAUCCCCGCACACCAUCGGGCGCACCAUGCUCAACGGCGUCUGGCAGUGGCUGCGCCACCUCGAGGAGGCCAAGUCCGACUCGCCCUCCGCAGCCGCCAGGACCGCCGGCUCGCACCUGCACACGGCCAUCAGCGCCAUCGUGUGCCCGCCGUCCGAGACGGUCCCCGAGGAGACGGUCAAGAACCAGCUCGUCAACCUGGCCGUCGUCGCGCACCACGCGCUCAUGCCCGCCGUCGACUGGAUCCGCCUGUGCCAGCGCGCGCAGCUCGACCCCGGCCAGCUGGCCGUCGAGAAGGCCGCGCAGCUGGUGGGCGAGAUACGCAUGUACACGGGCCUCUCUGGGCGCAGCUCGCACAUCCGCGACGCGGCGCUGAGGGCCUCGGCGACGCUGGCCUUCGUGGCCCCCGAGGCGAUAACACCGCUGGUUGUCAAGCUCAUCACGGACGACCUGAACCCCGCACAGCUGCGCGGCGUCGGCGAGCUCGAGGCCGCAAUCUGGAAACACGCAGGGGAGGCGCCGUACGUUGACGUUCUGGGGCGCGCGGGGCCCGCCGCGGUGACGAAGGGGAAGGACACGGACACGCUCAAGUGGGAAGCGGAGCUGCGGGCGCAGCUGGCGCAGAAGAAGGGUAGCGAGCGGAAGCUGACGGCGGACGAGAAGGCGCGCGUCGCGGAGCAGCUGGAGAAGGAGCGGGGCGUGCGGAAGAGGGUUGAGGAGGUGAAUCUGAGGCUGACGCGGGGCAUCGGCGUGAUUAAGGCGCUGGCGGAGGGCCCGCCGACGGCGGUCGAGAUGUGGAUGGGGCAGAGUGUGCGUGCGCUGCUGAAGGCGCUGGAGGCCGGGGCGGGGCUGGUGGUCGGUGAUGCGGGCGUGAAGGCGUUCUUGGCGUGUGCGGAGCAUGUGGCGGCGAGGUUGGGCGUGUUGCGGAUGUUUAUUGGGAUUGAUACGCUGCGGGCGCUGGGGAUUCGGGAGUUGGCGCCGGAGAUGCAGGAGGAGCCGUUGGGGGCACUCACUACACGUAUUUUGUACCGGCUACGAUUCAUGGCGGAGCAGAGGCCAUUUGAUACGACUUCACUGGUAUAUCUUUUACCUUUUGUGGGCUUAAUUCUAGAGAAGGGCGGCGUAGGAGUCAGCUCCGCCGAAGACACGGACGAGCAAGUGGUCCUGGCCAUCGAGUUUCUCUCCUUCCACACCGAGACCUGCUCCGACCCCCUCCUCCCCCGCUCCGACACCCUCACCCUCCUCAUCACCUCCAUGCAAAAAUACCCCGCCCACCACACCCUCAUCAAAGACGUCCUGCUCGACCUAACGCGCUGCAUCGCGCCCACCAUCACCCCCCUCGAGACACAAACCCUCCUCUCCGGCACCAUCACCCCGCAGACCAACGUACGCACGGCAACCCUGCAGGCCAUCGAGUCCGACAUCGACCUCACCGACCUCGACUUCUCGCAGGAGCUCUGGCUGGCCGUCCACGACGACUCCGCCGAGAACGCCGACCUGGCCAAAGCGAUCUGGGACGAGAACGUGCUCGAGGUCUACGACGGCGCCGCGCAGAAGAUGCUCCCGUUCCUCGAGAGCCCCGAGCGCCAGCUGCGCGCUGCCGCCGCCCGCGCGCUGAGGGAGUGUGUAAGGCUGUACCCGGCGUGCUUCGGCGAGACGCUGGAGCAGCUCAAGGCGCUGUACCUGCUGAAGGCGACGCCGAUCCUGCCCAGCUACGACGAGUUCGGGAUGCUCAAGAAGACGGACAACCGCGACCCGUGGGAGAGCCGGAGCGGUAUUGCACUGGCGUUGAAGGAGCUCGCGGCGGUAUUUGACGAUAGCGCGCUGGUCGGGUUCUCGACGUGGCUUAUUUCCGAGGGCCCGCUGGGCGACCGGCACGCGGGCGUGCGCGACGAGAUGGUUGAUGCGGCGACGGCGAUUGUCGCUGCGCGCGGCGCGGCGCGCCACGUCGAGGAGCUCAUGGGCGUGUUUGAGCGCAGCCUCGGCGCGCCGGACGACGGCUCGGAGCUGCGCGACCGGAUCAACGAGGCGGUGAUCAUCCUCUACGGGGCGCUUGGGCGGCACUUGGGGAGUGGUGAUGCGCGGAUUCCCGGUGUUGUGGACCGGCUGCUGGCGACGCUGGGGACGCCGUCGGAGACGGUGCAGUAUGCCGUUGCCGAGUGUCUACCGCCGCUGAUCAGGGCGUCGCGCGAUAUGACGUCGGGCUAUGUGCAGCGCCUGCUGGACCAGCUGUUUGCGGCGCGGGGGUAUGCGGCGCGGCGCGGGGCGGCGUAUGGGCUUGCGGGCGUCAUCAAGGGGCGCGGCAUAUCGGCGCUGAAGGACUUUCGCAUCAUGAGCACGCUCAAGAGCGCGGUGGAGAACAAGAAGGACGCCAAUAUGCGGCAGGGCGCGCUCUUUGCGUUUGAGCUGCUGUCGUUGAUCUUGGGACGGCUGUUUGAGCCGUACGUCAUCCAGCUGCUGCCGCUGCUGCUCCAGGGCUUUGGCGACAGCGUGAUCGAUGUGCGCGAGGCCUGCUCGGACGCCACGAAGGUGUGUUUCUCGAGCCUGAGCUCGUACGGGGUUAAGGUGAUCCUGCCGGACCUGCUGGACGGGCUGGACGAGAGCGCGUGGCGGAGCAAGAAGGGCGCGUGUGAGACGCUGGGGGCGAUGGCGUAUCUGGCGCCGCACCAGCUGGCCAUUAGUCUGCCGGACAUCAUCCCACCGCUGACGACGGUGCUGAAUGAUUCGCACAAGGAGGUAAGGCUGGCGGCGAACCGCUCGCUGAAGAAGUUUGGGGAGGUCAUCAGUAAUCCGGAGGUGAAGGACGUGGUGGAGGUGCUGCUGAGGGCGCUGAGUGAUCCGACAAAGUAUACGGAGGAGGCGCUGGACGUGUUGAUGAAGGUGUCGUUUGUGCAUUAUUUGGAUGCGCCGUCGCUGGCUUUGAUUGCCCGCAUUCUCGAGCGCGGCCUCGGCGACCGCUCCGCAACCAAGCGAAAGGCCUCCCAGAUCAUUGGCUCCCUCGCGCACCUGACAGACCGCAAAGACAUCAUGGUGCACAUCCCGAUCCUCGUGUCCGGUCUCAAGCUCGCCAUCGUGGACCCGGUGCCCGCCACGCGCGCAACCGCAUCCAAGGCACUCGGCUCGCUCGUCGAGAAGCUCGGCGAGGAGUCGCUGCCCGACAUCAUCCCGGGGCUCAUGGCCACGCUCAAGUCCGACACGGGCGCCGGCGACCGCCUGGGAUCCGCGCAGGCCCUCUCGGAGGUGCUGUCUGGGCUGGGAACACAGAGGCUGGAGGAGACGCUGCCGACGAUCCUGCAGAACGCCAACAGCGCGAAGCCGGCCGUCAGGGAGGGCUUCAUGUCGCUGUUUAUCUUCUUGCCGGCGUGCUUUGGCAACUCGUUCAGUGCGUACCUGAACAAGAUCAUCCCGCCCAUCCUGUCGGGGCUGGCGGACGACGUCGAGAGUAUCCGCGAGACGUCGCUGAGGGCGGGUAGACUGUUGGUUAAGAAUUUCUCGACGCGUGCGAUCGACCUGCUGCUGCCGGAGCUGGAGAGAGGGCUGGCGGAUAACAACCAUAGGAUCCGGCUGUCGUCCGUGGAGCUUGUGGGCGACCUGCUGUUCAACCUCACGGGCAUCAGCGGGAAGGCCGAGCAGGACGACUACGACGACCUGGAGGCGACGGGCGAGGUUGGAAACUCGCUGCUGGAGGUGCUGGGCCAGGAGAGACGAGACAAGGUGCUGUCCGCGCUGUACAUCUGCCGCUGCGACACGUCCGGGCAGGUGCGGCUUGCGGCCGUCGGCGUGUGGAAGGCGCUCGUGGCCAGCCCGCGCACGCUCAAGGAGCUGGUGCCGACGCUCACAGGGCUUAUCAUCCGCCGCCUGGCCAGCUCCAACCCGGAGCAGAAGCUGAUUGCCGGCCAGGCGCUCGGCGAGCUGAUCAGGAAGGCGGGCGACGGCGUGCUGGCCACGCUGCUGCCGACGCUCGAGGAGGGGCUGCGCACGGCGACAGACACGGACGCCAAGCAGGGCAUCUGCAUUGCGCUCAAGGAGGUGGUCAUGUCGACGUCGCCCGAGGCGCUCGAGGACUAUGAGGCGACACUGGUUUCUGUGGUGCGGACGGCGCUUGUGGACGGCGACACCGACGUGCGCGAGGCGGCCGCGGAGGCGUUUGAUGCGCUGCAGAAGGACAUUGGCAAGCGCGCGGUGGACCAGGUGCUGCCGUAUCUGCUGAACCUGCUGCGGUCCGACGAGGAGGCGGAGCAUGCGCUGGCCGCGCUGCUGACGCUGCUGACGGAGCAGACGAGAUCGAACAUCAUCCUGCCCGCGCUGAUCCCGACGCUGAUUGCGCCGCCGAUCACGCACUUCAAUGCCCGCGCGCUGGCAUCGCUCGCGCAGGUCUCGGGCAACGCGCUCAACAGGCGUCUGCCGGCCAUCAUGAACUCGCUCAUUGACGGCAUUGUGUCGUGCAAGGACGCGGAGCUGCAGACGGAGCUCAAGGCAGCCUUCGACACCGUGAUCCUGUCCGCCGACGAGUACGACGGGCUCAACACGGUGAUGAGCGAGAUGCUCAAGCUCGUCAAGCACGAGGACCACCACAAGCGCGCGGCCGCCCACGCGCACCUCGCACAGUUCUUCGCCGCCACGGACGUCGACUACUCGCGCUACACGCAGGACUGCAUCCGCGUGCUGCUCAUCUCGUUCGACGACAGCGACCGCGCCGUCGUGCAGAACGCCUGGACGGCGCUCAACGAGCUGACGCGCAAGCUCAAGAAGGAGGAGAUGGAGACGCUCGUCCUCUCCACCCGCCAGGUGCUGCAGCAGGUCGGCGUCCCCGGCCACGACCUCCCCGGCUUCGCGCUGCCAAAGGGCAUCAACGCCAUCCUGCCCAUCUUCCUGCAAGGGCUCAUGUACGGCUCGCCCGAGCAGCGCACGCAGUCCGCGCUCGCAAUCUCGGACAUCAUCGACCGGGCCAGCGGCGAGUCACUGCGGCCGUUCGUAACGCAGAUCACGGGCCCGCUGAUCCGUGUGGUGUCGGAGCGCAGCGUGGAGGUCAAGGCGGCCAUCCUGCUGACGCUGAAUGCGCUGCUGGUGAAGAUCCCGGCGUACCUGAAGCCGUUCCUGCCGCAGCUGCAGCGCACGUUUGCGAAGAGCCUUGCGGACACGGGGAGCGACGUGCUGCGGACGCGGGCGGCGAAGGCGCUCGGCACGCUGAUUACGCUGACGCCCAGGAUUGACCCGUUGAUCUCGGAGCUGGUGGCGGGGGCGAGGACGGCGGAUAGGGGGGUGCGGGAUGCGAUGCUGAAGGCGCUGUUUGAGGUUGUGGGAAAGGCGGGCGGGAAUAUGGGCGAGGCGUCGAGGGCGGCGAUUUUGGCGCUGGUCGAGGAGGAGGGGGAUGAGGAUGAUGACCAAAUGGCGAUUGCCGGGGCGAGGCUGCUCGGCGUGUUGGUGAGGCAUCUGGGGGCGGAGGAUGCGGCGAGAGUGAUCAGGAGCCGUGCUUUGAACCCAUCAUUCACCAAAGCGUCCGUACUGGGCCUCAACGCCGUCCUCCUCGAGUCGCCCGAAACGCUGCUCGAGGGCUCCUUCCCCGACGACACGCCCGCGCUCAUCAGCCAGGGAAUUUCACACCGCACGCCAUUCGUAUCCGACAACUGUGUCCUCGCAGCCGGAAAGUACCUCCUCUCACCCCACACAUCCAAGAGCUACGAGACCGUCAAGACCCUCCUCGAAGCACUCACCCAAGCCAUCAAAGCGCCCACCAGCGGGUCCAUCGACAGCAAGCGCCUCGCGCUCGUAGUACUACGCACCGUUAGCCGUACCCACUUCGACUUGGUACGCCCGCACCUCCCCCUCCUCGCACCCACCAUCUUCGGCUGCGUCCGCGACAUGAUCAUCCCCGUGAAGCUAUCCGCCGAGCAGGCGUUCAUCGCGCUGUUCCAGGUGGUCGCGCAGGGCGACACCGUCUUCGACAAGUACAUUGCGGGCGUCGAGGGCCCGCUGAAGCGCAGCAUGGGCGACUAUUUCAAGCGUGUUGCGGUGAAACUGGCCGCGGCCGAGAAGGAGCGGAAUGAGGCGGGCGGCGCGGGGCUGGGGCUGAAUAGCGAUGAGGAGGAGGAUGAGAGGGAGAUUAUGUGUGUGGGGAAGGUGGAGGUUGGGGGUGUGUGGGAGGGGGAGUAG